UGCGAAUAUGUUCAUGUAGCUGUACUGUAAUCGUAGAAUGGAAGCCGCAGCAGCUUGCAAUUCUGUGCGAACCUUUCUUGGUCGCGUGACAGCCGGCCUCCAUGACCGCACCGUCGCCUUUCCAUGUACAUUAUUGCCUAGAAUCCAUUUCUGACUGCUGCGUGAGACCUACAGUCAUUUCCAUUCCCGAUAGCCUUGGUAUGGAGUCGUCCCUGUAACUAGAUGCUGCCCAAGCCUUCCUAUAACCCAGCUCUGGGGUUGUUACAGACCCACAACGCAGUAGACUUAGCUGACUACGACGUAAUAGAGGAUGAUAACGACCUCGUUGUCGGUCCAUUACGCUCAACGUCGCCGACGGGCGAGGUUGGUGCUUCCCAUUUGAGGAAGCAAGCUGGGUCAAGCAGCUGCAGGGUUUCACAUGACAGCAAAUCUACAGGCACCAGAUCAAAGCCUCUGCCAGCCGCGUCCUUGCCGCCUCUCCCCAAAGUCCCUCCCAUCGCGCCAUGGCCACCGCUGGCGCACUGCAGCAGAGGCAGCAUGGGCAUCGCUAGCGGCGGGACACCAGCCACCUCCAGCGCCUUCUCCUCGCGGCCCUGCUCCGUCGAUCUGCGCAGCCACCAUCUCCGCAGCAGCUCACGCUGCAGCCUGCGUAGCAGCGCUCAGAGCCUCCACAGCCUCCGCAGCUGCUCAGGCGCGGAAUCCACCGCCUCCGGACCCACCGCAUCCAGCGUGUCCGCCCUAGGGAGCGUCGACGAUGAGUGCGCGAUCGUGGAGCGAAUAGACAGCAUCCUUGCACGCAUCCAAGGGGACCUCCUGGGAGGCGGAGGAGGAGGGGGCGGUGAGGGCCGCCCCCAUGGCGCUGUCCCCGCUGCGCUGGUGAACCUCAGGCCCAGGAACCCUGUGCUGCGGCGGCUGCUGAACAGGCCUGACCUGUCGCCGCCGCCUGAGCCGCCCACGCCCAAAGGCCCAGGUCCCAAAAUAAAGCUCACGAGGAGCUUGCUGCUGUUUGGCAGGCGGCCCAGCGGAACAGGCGGUGGCAGCAGCGUGUCGGGCGGCAGCGACGUUGCGACUACCGUGGACUCGGAGCAAAGCAGCAGGCCGCCGCUGCCGUCAUGUCAGCAGCUGCAAAUCCUGCUGCAGCCCCCACAGUUGCCAAGAGGCAAUUGUACGGCACCAGCUGCUGACGACAGCCAUGGGGCCCAUGCGGUGGUCCUGGUUGCCGUACAGCCCAGGAGCUCAACCGGCGGUGACAAGCUGCUAAGUCCGCGGAGCCAUCAGCUUCACCCGCAGUUGCCGGUGACAGGGUCACCCAACAUCGCCGCACCACACCUGCAAGUAGUGGACGUAAGCAGUAACAUCAACCAGAGCCCGAGCAAGGAGAUGGCAGUAGACGCAGCGCCAAUGCCGCUAUUGCAGCCAGCGCCGCUCCCGCCGCCGCCGAUGCCGUCCUCCUCGCGCCCGCCCAGGCAGCCCGCUGUGGCUGCCCUGCCGCCGCUGGCGGACCGCUGGAGGCACCACGGCGACAUGAGGAGCGGCAACGGCAGCGCCCGCACCAGCAGCAGCGGCAGCUCCUCCCGCACCAGCAGCAGCAGCGGCAGCAGGGGCAGUGGCUGGUCCCGAGGCAUCUUCAGCCGCCAGUCCUCCGCAGCUGCGUUGGCCGCUGCGGACGGCAAGCGCGCACCUCCCGAGGCGGAGUGCAGUCGCCAUGCUGCCUCACCAUCGCUGGCCAUCAAGCCCGGCAUCGCGGUCCUGCAGAGGCUGCAGUCCAAGUCGCCCCCGCCCGUCGCGGCGCACCGGCAGCACGACACGCCACAGAACCCGCAGCAGCAGCGGCACCUAAAGCGGCAUAGCUACCAGGGACAGGUCCGGGAGGGGGCUCAGGCGGCUGCUGGGGAGGCGGUUGUGAACGGAGGGCAUGAAGGCGGAGGCGCUGCAGCAGCAGCAGGUGGCGGUGCGAGUGGCAGCCAGCGGGCGUUGCGAGGCCUGCUGAAGCUCACGGCAAGCUCCUGGUCGCAGUGAUGAGGAGUGAGUGACGGGGACCGACCCCUGGGUCAUAUUAUACGGAGGCCGAGUGGGUGCCGAUUUGUAUAUAGCAGUACAGGUUUAUGUUGUACGGGUUUAUGCUGUACGGGAUGUUGUAGGUAAACUGAACCGCGAGGAACGGGAUGGUUGCCUGUUGAUGGUUUGGCGGUUACCCUGGCUUGCCGCCUGCGUAAGGUGAGGAGCGAGGGAUGGAGCGAAGACAAGUUAGCUAUUGAACAUAGGCUGUAUAUAGGAAGGAGGUCGGAUAGAGAGCGGAAGAGUCGGAAGAGAUCGGUCCUGUAUGUUGGAAAGGGACACUACCCUGCGGUGGAGGUGGCCUAGCAGCAAUAUGCCAUGCAUCUCUUCCCUGGUUAUAACAUAAAGGUGUCUGGCCACGCCUGGGGUACUUGCAGUCGUUGUAGCGGUUGCAACCGCCUAGCUGUGCAACCGGUUUAGGCGCAGGCCAACAGCCGCCUGUCUGAGUUGAAGACAGGUAGGAACUGGCUGCGAAGUGUGCCGCGCAACCUCCUCCCUUUCUCUGUCUUCUAUGGGCUGCACUCCCUGGAAAGGGUUCCAUGUGCGGUGGGGGUUGGGGGUGUGGGGGUUGCGUUGGGGUAGACGUUUCAGAAGACGUUUACUGUUGACUGGUUUGUCGACUCGGCCACUCGGGUGUCCCUGCACUGUGCAUGUGCAGCCGGGCCCGCUGCGUUAAUGGGACAAUCUGGGACCAGGUCUCUGUGGUUGUGCGACUGUGCCUUGUGUCAGAGGACCGCGUUGGGUACACCACUGCGACUCGUCGGGAAGGUAAUCUGAAAGCUGAAUGCAGACGCUUCUAGUGAUCCCUAAGCGUGUUCCAUUAAGGGGUGGCAGCCAUGUAUGCUGCCUUAACCUAACCAAUGCAUGACCGCCAUUGUUGGACCCGUGGGCCCGCGGGCUAUGUGUGACGUGCACAUGAACGCCUGCGAGGGCUGAAGCAUACACCUGGUGUGCAUCGGGGGCCACGGCAGUCCGUAAUGUUAUCUUUCUGUUGAGGGGUUGUGCAGGUAAGCGCACGACCCCGCCAUGUCAUUUCGUUGUAAGGUUAUUCUUUACCGGUGUCUUUAUUCCAUACUCCCAUGCUGGUUGAUGGAGGGUGGAGGGGCUUGGCGGUGUCCAUGUUGUUUCGGACAUAGCGUCGAGCCUGUUGGUUUUGUUGUGUCUGUGUUCGAUUGAGGUAUGGCAUUGCAUUGUGCGUUGUAUAGCGUGUCAGCAACUUUUACCCAAGUUGCCUCUCCAACCGUGACAACAAUUUGCACCAGGGGUAUGAUGUCCCUACCCGAUAAAAAGCAAGUCCAUGUGUUCAGUUAACUGAACUGCGUGCAAUCUUGGCUUUAGUAAACCUUAAUACAAAGUAUUAGUAAACCGGUAUGC